AUGGCAACCUCGAGGUCUGCACUGGCCGUGAGAAACGUUGGGGACUUUCCGCCGAGUUCCAACAGCGUUGGGGUGAGCGAUUCGGCGGCCUUGGCAUGGACGAUUUUGCCAACGGAGGUGGAGCCAGUGAACAUGAUCUUGUCGUAUUUCUGCUCGAGCAGGGCCUUGGACUCUGGCAGUCCACCAUUGACGAUCUUGAGCACCUCUGGAUCAAUCGAUUCGGACAGAACUUUGGUCAGUACAGAGCAGAAGGUGGGGCAUCUGUCGUAUGGCAGUUUGAGCACGACGUUGUUUCCCGCACUUAGGGCGCCCACCAGAGGACUCAGAGACAACAGCAGCGGGAAAUUGAACGGAGACACAAUCAGAAUCGUUCCCAGAGCCUCUUUCUCCAGACGAAUAGGAACAACUGCGUAUGCAAACGGUUUUGAAGUAGGGUAUUCCGGAGCCGUUAGCGAUGAAAGGUUGUUGAUCAAAUAG